AUGGCCAAACUACUCGUUUCCCAUUACCUUCUUAUUCUCACCAUAGCCCUAAUCCUCACUUUCUCCUGGGCUGAAUCCCAUAGCUUCUCCACAAAAUCUUCCCGAGCAGCACUAGCCCUCAAGGAAGAGAAGAUAACCCACCUCCACUUCUACAUGCACGACGUCUUCGGCGGGCCCAACGCCACCGCCAUCCCCGUCACCAAAAUUCUGGACAACAACACUUUCUACGGCGGCCUUUUCGUUGCCGACGACCCGUUGACUCUGGGCCCCGAGCGGGAUUCCAAACCGGUCGGGAACGGUCGGGGAACCUACACCUUCCCUUCCCAAAACGACUUCGUUUUGGAGAUGGUGUACAAUCUGGGGUUCACCCACGGGGAGUACAACGGCAGCUCGCUUUGCCUGCUGGGGCCCAUCUCCCCGACGUCGACUGUGAACGAGAUGGCGGUUGUCGGCGGGACCGGGGUCUUCCGGUUCGCUAGUGGAUAUGCGGUGGCCAAAAGGAUCGUGCUUGAUUUCAAAGCUCUGCUUGUUGUCAGGGAGUUGAACGUCUAUGUUUCCCAUUACUAA